AAUAAAAGCAAGUAGGUACUACCUUCAUCCCUUAUAUGAGCUCAAAAGAAUUAAAUCAACGUCCAUAUAUCGGUCAUAAACGCGUUUUCUGCAUCCACAACAACAACGGCCGGUACUCACUCGGAGUUCUUCUCCUCGCUUGUCCUCGACUCUCUUCUAGAUGGCGCACAGGUGAAAACAGAUGAAGAACGUUUUCAACGGGCUACUAUGAUACCUGCUUAGUCGAUGUUCUACUGUUUAAGGCUAGAGUGUGCGCGCGCGUUAAACGGAAUUUUACGUUGAAAAUUCGCAGAAGAACGACGAAAAAAUUGUGAUAUGCGUAUUGUUCGGGGGAGUACGGUGACAUGAGGUAUGCAGACGACGAUGCCGACGUAAAAUCGAAUUCGCCCGUACAGUUUUUGCGCCGAUCGUUCGAUUAGAAGAAUCCCGCCGUACGAUGCAAACUCCGACCGAUAAACCGUCGAACGAUGAGAAACAGCAACUGUCGCCCGGCAAAUACGCCGAGCUGGAUAAGAACAUAGCGACGGCCCUCCUGCAGGAGAACCUCAUCCAAAGGUCGAUCCAGAACGUGGCCCUGUCGUUGCAGAACGCUAUGAUGAAUUCGCUGCAGCAGGCGGCGUUCCUGCCGGUCAGCUCCGCCGCGGCCGCCGCCCUCAACCUCCAGGCGCUCGAGUCCUAUCUGACGCUGCAACGGCUGACCACGGUGUCGGCGACCUCCUCCGGCGGCAAGAUCGACAUACUGAAAAUAGCGGCGAGCACCGCCAAGAUAACGGAGGAGAGCGUCGGCGCCGCCGCCGACGAUUUGGUCGCCAACACCAGCCUCACGGAGGACGUGGACCUGGCCGAGGAGGUCGAAGAAGACCUGGCGCUGCUGGACAACGAGGAGAGCCUGUCGGUGCCGUCGUCGCCGGUGGACACCACCUACCCCAGUUUGAUACUGAACUCGAUGUUCCAGAGCCCGGAGAAUCUGACGGCGUCGGCGGUGACGACGACGACGGGCGCGACGCCCGUCCGGCAGAAGGGCGCCGCUCGACCCAAGAAGCAGUUCAUCUGUAAGUUCUGCAACAGACAUUUCACUAAAAGUUAUAAUCUGCUGAUACACGAGAGGACCCACACCGACGAGAGACCCUACUCCUGUGAUAUUUGUGGGAAGGCUUUCAGACGGCAGGACCAUUUGAGGGAUCACAGAUACAUCCACAGCAAAGAAAAGCCCUUCAAGUGCACGGAAUGCGGCAAGGGAUUCUGCCAAUCUCGAACGUUGGCGGUGCACAAGAUCCUCCACAUGGAGGAGUCGCCGCACAAGUGCCCCGUGUGCAAUCGGUCCUUCAACCAGCGAUCUAACCUGAAAACCCACCUACUCACCCAUACGGACAUAAAACCGUACAAUUGUUCGACGUGCGGAAAAGUGUUCCGCAGAAACUGUGAUCUCAGACGGCAUAGCCUCACGCACAAUUUGGGCGCUAGCUCAUCGAGCUCGACGCCGCCCAAUCAGAACUUUAGUAUAGACUCGUUGAUUAGUUCGACUGUGAAGAAAAUCGGUAAAUGAUAUUGGUUUUGUUUAAUGAUAGGUGUAGUUUUUAGGAGACUCUUCUCUCAGAGCGG